ACCGGCUUCUCUAGCUCCACGUGGGUUGGGGCCGGGCUUCUCGUGUGAGCGGCUGCCGUGGCUGUCGGUGAGACCGUCUGGGUCUGAAGUGCGGAGGUCCUCGGUGGCCGCGAGGACGUCACCAUGCCUAAAGCAUCAAAGGGGAAAAGUACAGGACAUGAAAAAAAAGUCAUUCAUCCAUACAGUAGAAAAGCAGCUCAAAUCGCAAGAGAGUCCCACAAACAAGAAAAAAAGGAAAAGUUGAAGAAUGAAAAGGCUUUGCGUCUCAAUCUUAUUGGUGAAAAACUGCAGUGGUUUCAAAAUCAUCUUGAUCCCCAAAAAGUGAGAUAUUCUAAGAAAGAUGCUUGUGAAUUAAUUGAAAGAUAUUUAAAUCGAUUCAUCAGUGAGCUGGAGCAGAUUGAGCUGCACAACAGCAUCAAAGACAGGCAGGGAAGGCGGCACUGUUCCCGAGAGACAGUCAUCAAGCAGACCACAGAGCGGGAGCGACAGCAGUAUGAAGGAUACGGCCUUGAGAUUCCAGACAUUCUAAAUGCAAGUAAUCUGAAAACUUUUAGGGAAUGGGAUUUUGAUCUGAAGAAAUUGCCAAACAUUAAAAUGAGAAAAAUUUGUGCUAAUGAUGCAAUUUCCAAGAAGCACAAGAGGAAAACUGUUAGAACUGUAGACAGAGGUUUAGAGGAACUGGAACUGAAAGAUGAAUCAAGUGACUCAGAUGAGGAAAUGACUGCAGUGGCCUAAUUGUCUUUACUUGAGUUGAAAAAUAAUUUGAAAGCUUCAGGUUACACUCAUUCAUUAUGUUAAAUAAUUGUCUAGAUUAAAGAAUUUGCUAUUUCGCUCAUUUUAUUACAUGAUGAGUAUUCUAUUUGCAGUUUCAAAAAUGGUGUUAUGAUUUUUAUUUGAAAAUGAAGAUUGCUUUUCAUUUACAUUAAAUUGUUAAAAUAGAUAAAAGUGAUCUGCAAAAACUAUUUGACCUGUAUUUUGGGGGGGGGGGGGCAAUGUGGGUGAGAACAAAAAAAUUUUGAUUUUUUUUCCUCAUGUGCAGUUAGAAUUGCCUAAUCUCACAUUUGGGGGAAUGGACAGUAACCUAUUUUCUAAAAAGCUCCUGUGGAUAGUUCUUGAGCUGUGACAAUAGCAAAAUUGUCUUUCAACAAUAAUGUCACACUAAUCCUCCCCUUAAACAUUAAACCUAUUUUCUUUCAGUAUAAAACAGGGGAAUGAUGUGAUAUGGAAUUCACAUACACUGAUGUACAUUAUUAUUUAUUAUCUACUGAGCAGGAGUUAAAUGGUAAAAAAAUAAACAAUGAUUGUCCUUGUUAUGUUGAUCUCCCCACUUAAUCUGUCAUCUUUUGACAAAGGGGAUAAAUGAUACCAGGUUAGCUCCUUUUGAUUGCAUACUAUUUUCUGCCUUCUCAUUGUGAAAAGUAAUAGAUUUUAUUUAUGGAGACAGAACUAAUGAUUGGUGAACCAAUGAUUUUAGUUGUGUUAAUUUUUUCUUCCUAGCGAUAGGUUAAAUUGAUAUGUAAUGCUAUUUCAAGUAUCAUUAGAAAGAUGAGUGUUGAAGAAUUUUGUUUUUCACAGAAUUUGUUAAAUUCAAGUAUCCUUUAGUCAGUUUUCAGAAGGUUGCAAGGCAAGUGUAUUUGAAUGUCUUCAAAAAAAGAAAAAUUAGCAUUGUGUGAAGU